UCCUUUUCCCAGCCACCUCCACUUCUCCCCACGCCAUCCUCCUUCCUGCUCCUCACGCACACCAGUGCAGGGCCUCCCAUGGCGUCUCCUCCCCUUUCCUCAAGCUAGCCACCCUAGCUUCCAGUCCUCUCGCCACCAGCCAUGGGGGUCGACAUCCCCUCCUCCCCCUCUGCACCAUGGUCGGUUCCUUGCUCCCCUCGGAACCCAGCAGGGAGAGCAGGCGCCAUUCUCCCAGCAUGCAUGGAGCUCCCUAGGCUCCAUCGCUUGGAGCUCGGCCAGGGCCGAGCACUCCACUGUUGCAGCCCCUUGCCGGUGCCCUGCCCUCCUCCCUCCCCAAGGCCUUCUUCCCCAUGGCACCGGGAUCUCUCCUUCCGGCGGCCGUGCUCCUCAAGCGCGCUCUGCUCGAGCUCUGUCGGACCUGCUACUUCCCUGCGCGCGGCCGCGGCACAUGGCCCUGCUCCUCCUAUCUUCCCCACCAAAACAGCAAGCCCCCACCGCGUCUAGGUGUUCUCGCUGCUCAGCUUGGCCGCGCGAGCUCGCUGCGGGACGCCCUAGCCGCUGCUCGCCUCAACCACAUCUCCAUGGCCGAGCUCACCCCUUCGCUGCUGCUGCCCCUUCCCUUGCUCCUUUUCGCCGUGCGCGGGGUGUUCGACACAAUGCCUGCGAGGAAGAUAUGUUGUCACAGCACCAUCGACGCUCGUCGGGUAUUUUGCUGUUUUUGCGCAGCCCCGUCGUUGUCGUCGUUCACCCCGGAGAGAAACCCCGUGUUUUGCGUGGAGAAGAAGGCAAGCCGCUCGACGCUCGUCGAUGUUCGGAGCGAUGCACAAAUUGGAAUCGUCAUCGUCCUUACAAACACCGAUUGGGUUUGUUUAUGGACCGAGAGAUGAUGAUCGAGCAAGUGAUGUGGUGCCAACCAC